AAGAGGUAAAAAAAAUUGAGUUACAUAAGAAAACAAACGUGGGUGGGAGAGUAGCCGGAGAAGAAAGAAUGGAGAAGAAGACGAAAGUGGUGGUUGUGGGAGGAACGGGCUACUUGGGCCAGCAUCUUCUUCAAGCUUUGGCCGAAGAUCGUUACGACGUCGCUUUCACUCAUCACUCUUGUCCCCUUCCAGGCCUCUUGCUCGACGCUUUCCCACAUUUCCCAUCGUUUCAUGUCGAUCUCAAAACCGGUCUUGGCUUCCAUUCCAUCUCCCACCACUUUGGUCAGAGACUCUCUGGUCUGAAAUCGACAAUUUGUUUCCAGCCCGACGUGGUCGUGAAUUGUGCAGCUCUCUCUGUUCCUCGAGUCUGUGAGCAAGAUCCAGAUUCAGCUCUCUCCAUCAACGUCCCUUCUUCCCUUGUUAACUGGUUAUCUUCAUCUUUUCAGACAAAACACAAAACCCUGUUGAUUCAUCUCUCUACUGAUCAAGUUUAUGAAGGUGUCAAGUCUUUCUACAAGGAAGAAGACGAGACUCUCGCGGUCAACGUUUAUGGGAAAUCAAAAGUUGCAGCAGAGCUUCUCAUCAGAGAUAAAUGUCAAAACUUUGUUAUCUUGAGGAGUAGUAUCAUCUUUGGUCCUCAAACUCUAUCACCACUCCCUAAGAAUCUCCCAGUUCAGUGGAUGGAUAGUGUCUUACAGAAGGGAGACACGGUUGAUUUCUUCCACGAUGAGUAUCGUUGUCCCAUUUAUGUUACGGAUCUCGUUAUCAUCAUCUUGAGGUUGAUUGACAGAUGGGUUCUCUCAGAUGAUAAACAGAUGCGGCUUGUUUUGAAUGCUGGUGGACCGGACAGACUCUCUCGUGUUCAAAUGGCGGAAGUGGUUGCACAAGUCAGAGGACACGAUCUUUCCUUGAUUAAACAUGUUUCUGCUUCAUCGGUUGAUCGAGGAGUGGUGUCACCAGCAGAUAUAUCAAUGGACAUAACUAAACUCAUUCAGACACUUGACAUCUCCCCAACUUCGUUCAAAGACGGUGUUAGAUUAACGCUUCAGUCUGAAUCUCGUUCCCAUAUCCUCUCGUAACAUUGUUCCUUUCUGUCUUCCUUACCUACCGCUGCUUCUUUCUACUACAUAAAUUUCGGUUAUGAUAAAACCAAAUCUAAUCACAAUACUAAAAGCCAGAUAUUCUCCAAUUCUAGCCUGUCCACGUAGGACUAUUAAUUCUAGCCAAUCAUAUAGCUUCAUCUCUCCACGUCACCACCGAAUGUUGGAUCAUCGAAUUGGACAUUGUUUGUGGGCCAAUCAUAUAUUGUUUUCGGCCUGACUGAUCUGUAUAUUUCUAAGCGUUACCGUCGACAGUAUUUUAAGUUUGUGGGUCCCACAUUUAUGUCCAGUUUAGUUAUUAAGUUUGAUUCGGUUAUUAAAUUUAGUAUUGUGAUAUGAUUUAAUUUUGAUACAUGAUUUUGGUCCAAGUCUCAAAAAGGCCGAGUUAGCUAUAAUUCCAUUGGUACAGUUUGUAUAUAUGGCCUAGCAGCUCUAACGUUUUAUGAGUUUGCGACCAAACUCUGCCGUUUCAUAGAUUAGGUUUUCAUUCUUCUUCUUCUUCGACCCUUCAACGCUGUCUCUGUUUUUUCAUGUGUCUGCAAAAAAACGUCUAUUUCUCGACUCUUAACCUCCCAACUUUGUUUAUAUCCAUAUUUUUGGCUUCAUUCAACGUAUUCCUCCUUAAUUUGACAAUGAAUGUUUUUCUCUAGUAAAGCCAUUAACAAUCUCGAACUCUCCGUCUCCCUUCCCAGUCAAUGAAAACCGUAAAUUCACCUCAAAUUCUAUAAAUUGGAGAUAGCUGAGAGUAGGAUGAAUCUCCACAUAUCCUCUCAGUUUCUCUUCUAUCUCAAACUUAGAAACCUGAUUGAAAAUGUCUGUCUGAUGCGAUUGUUGUUCAAACACCAAUCAACCUUUGAGAGCGAAACAUGAAGAAGAAUGGCCCGAUGAGAUCCGGCGGCUGAGCCAUGUCCCGAUGGUUCUCCCGGUCCCACCAUACCUGUGAGUUGUUGGCGAUGGAGAAGAGAAGUAUCGCUAAGCCAUAUCUCUCUAUGAUUGUUGUCCAUUACAAGUAGGAGAUGCGUGUGCAGAGAAUCAUUAACGCAUUUGCUAAUUAAAAGGGUACCUUAGUGCUCACAAUGUUUUCUGGAUCAUCUUCUUCCACUGCAUUUAAAUUUGGUUUUAACUAAACCUAUAUGCAGUAAAGUGUAGGUUGUUUAUGUAACCUAGGGAGCAUUGUGUAUUGCAAAGAGUGAGUUCCUGCUCCUGCUCCAAAAGUCGAAACUGCAGGAGAAAGCGGUGACGUUGAGAAAAGUGCAGCAACUGAUGGGGCUUCAACCUUGGAAUCUAGGAAAACAGAGAAUAGAGGAGGAAGCUACAGUACUCUUUACCUCACGAAGAGCACAAGCUUGAGCGGUUCUAAAUGCAUCGGUGUUCAAUCUAAAACCAGCAUAUAUGUUAGUUAAUUAGUAAAGACAAUGAUAAAACCAUAGGAUCUUCAAAGGAAUUUGGAUGUGUAGCUUACUUACUCUUCUUAUGAACUCUGUUUGUAAGACAUCAUUGCAGAAGAGAAGAAAACUAAACAGUUACAAAGCUUA